AUGAGUAACACUGCAAGCCCGGAAUUUCGAGAAACGAAGGAGCGCCAGGGCGGGGCUCACGUCGACUCGCGGGCUUUGUUUCGCUUAGACAACCGAACCAUUAUCAUCACAGGAGGGGCCGGAUAUCUUGGCGUGGAAGCAGCAGGUUGUAUUCUAGAUUCGGGAGGAGAUGUCGUGUGUCUGGACGUGGUAGAAAGUCCUCGGACCGAGGUGUGGAAUCAGCUUCUCGCAGUUGCCCAUGAGCACGGUCGCUUGCUUUUCUACUAUCGUUUGGAUGUCACCGAUGCUCGUGGCAUUUCAACGGUAUUCGAGACUCUCGUGCCCCAACUGAGGCAUCCGAUUCGCGGUUUAGUGGCAUGUGCCGGCUUGUCUGACAACGACCCUGCCCACGUAUUCUCGGUGGAGCGAUUUCGGCGUUUGAUGGAGAUUAAUGUUACAGGAACUUUCGCCAUUGCACAAGCUGUCGCACUAGAGAUGAGGAAAGCGAACGUUGAUGGAAGUAUGGUCCUUACAGCAAGCAUGAGUGGCUCAGUUGCCAACAAGGGCGUAGAUACGGCAGCGUAUAAUUCCUCCAAAUCAGCUGUUCUCCAGUUGGGUCGAUCUUUGGCAGCAGAGUGGGGUUCUCGUAAGGGAAUGCCUCUAAUUCGGGUGAACACUCUGUCGCCGGGAUAUAUACAAACUCCGGCGACGGAAGAAGCGCUUCGGAAACCCGGCAUGAAGGCUCAAUGGACAGGGGAUAAUAUGCUGUAUCGGCUCAGUCUUGUGGAUGAAUUUCGAGGUCCCAUCCUCUUCCUACUAAGUGACGCAAGCAGUUUCAUGACAGGCGCCGACCUGAGGGUUGAUGGAGGUCACUGUGCCUGGUAG